AUGCCUCCCGCCAUCUCCGACGACGAAUCCGACGACCUCGACAUCCCCGACAUGAUCCCCGCCAAGGGCAAAGCCAAAGCCAAAGCCAUCGACCCGGAACCGAUGGAGGCAGACGACGAUGAUGAGGAAGAAGAAGAAGAAGAAGAGGGAGACGAAGACGCCUACCAAGUCGAGAAGAUCCUGAAACACGAUUAUGCCGUUGAUGGCACCAUCCUGUAUCAGAUCAAGUGGUUGGGUUACGACGACAAGGCGGAUUUGACCUGGGAGCCCGUGGAUAAUCUUGAAACCGCCCCCGAUGUCCUAGCAGCCUACCACGCCACAGUCGGCGGCCCCCCCGAACCCAAACCCUCCAAAGGCAGCUCGAAAAAACCCUCCACCAAAGCAAAAGGUAAACGCACCGCCUCCGAAGCCCUCGACGCACUCGACUCGCCUCUGCCCACCUCAACCUCAACUUCCUCCCAGAAACGCGGCCGCAAAUCCAACGGCCUCACCUCCACAUCUCAACAACCACCAGCAGAACAAAAACGCACCCUCCCGCCCGGAACCUGGGACGACCAUGUUCUGGCCGUGUCCUCGAUCGUGGAGGAAGAAACACCGAUGAGAGUCGGAGGCGGGAAGGCGGGACCGCAGAAGAAGGAGUUGAUUGGUUUGUUGGAGUGGCGGGAUCAGGGACCCAAGACGCAGCAUAAGAUGAAGGUUCUACGGCAAAAGGUGCCGCAGCGGUUAUUGGAUUAUUAUGAGCAGCAUUUGUGA